UGUGUAUUAGAAACUGUUCCUGUUAUAAUAACUUCUAAUAGUAUGGUACAUAAAUUAUUUUCUCAAAUACAGUCUUCUAUUAGUGCAAAUAUUAGUGCAAAUACCUGGACCCCUCACUCAAGGAAAUGAUUUGGCGAGCUUCAUACUAAACUUGUAGCUUUUUCUGAUGUGGAGCUUGCUCGGCAAGGCCAUGCUAAACAUCAUCAAAAUACCAAUAGUUUGCAGCUGCACUUUGGUAUUUCGGGGGCAGCUGCUCGAGAUAUCGUUCGCCGCUGUCCUCAAUGUCCCACAAGUCCCACAGGUAGGGAUUAACCCUCAUGGACUUAUUCCUAAUCAAUUGUGGCAGAUGGAUGUUACUCACAUUCCUGAAUUUGGACAAUUAAAAUAUGUUCAUGUUGCUAUAGACACAUUUUCUGGUUUUCUCUUUGCUUCUACUCUUACUGGUACAAAUAUUAAACAUGUCAUUGCUCACUACAUUCGUUGCUUUUCAGCAUUUAAAACUUCCAACAUCUUAAAACCUGCCACUGGUUCUGGGUAUCCUUCUCGCUCCUUUCAUGCUUCUGCGUACAAUUUGCUAUCCAACAUAAAACAGGACUUCCUUAAUCCACAAGGUCAGGGUAAUGGCCAGGUCCAGUCCUCCCUUGGGGUAGAGGGCGUGUUUCUGUUUUUUCCACAGGAUGCUGACGGUGCUCGUUGGUUGCUAGAAUGCCUCAUUCGGUUUGCUGAAUCUCUGGAUUCUACGCCGCCUGUGUCAUCGUGUUGCACCGCCUGAUGUCGCCAACCUCCUCUUCUUCUUUACCUGGACUGUUUCCACUGCAUGGUGCCCACCGUUCUGCUUCUCUGGACUUUGGCUAUGAUGCCUCCAUACCCUCCUUGACUGAUGGCCUUUCCACAUGAUUUGUGCACCAUUGUUCCAAUCAUUCCUGUAUUGAGCCUCCCUUUCUGUGCCCCGUGUAUGCCCUUGGGUUGUUGUUUCCUUCUUUUCCCCAACUCCCCGUUGGUGUCCUUUUGUUUUACACUUAGAGGGGGGAAUUAGGCCUAUGGCAGUCUAAACCUGUAGUGCCCACAUACCAACUAGAGAGAUACUAGAGCAGAUACUGGAGCAGCUGCAACAACCAGUUAGAACCAGAGAAAUUCAAUUUUCCAUCUCGGUGGCACUGUGCAACAGUGUUCUUUCCCAUUUCUUCCCCAAGGCCGUGGCCUAGUGAUGGGAGCCUUCAGAGGCUGGUUAGCCAGUAAUGGGUAAGAUCUCAGAGGAAAGCGGGCCACCGGCCGCCCCCAACAACUUUCACUCUGGUAGAGGACGACCUAAGACAGGCACAGUCUUUCCAUCCCAGUCUUGGCAUACACUUCAUUUUCAUUUAAAACAAUAUAAAAAGAAAGGGGGAAAUGUCGGGAGCUAUGCUUGCCAUAAACAUUGGAAAUUAGAAGAGUGCCACUUUAAGAACUUCUGAGCUCUCCACUUCAGCAGUGCAAGCUGACAGGCAGUACCUGCAUGAUAAAUCAGGGCUUCUAGAAAGUUAGUUUUGGUUCAGUCUGCGGGCACUGGUACAUGCUGUAUCCAUAGUUACUCUUUUGUUUCUGUUAGGAAAAUCUCCUUGGUGACCCCAACUCUGAGUCCUAUAUAAGAUCUGUAAUCCCCACAACAGGGGCAGCCAUCUUGUAAUCACUCCCCUACCUGUAACUGUAUUUCCUUGAAUAAAUCCCUCAUACAACUUCA